CAGAGAACAGUUAAAAAGUCGUGUAGAAAUUAGGUUCGUUCAGUUCUACCUUCCUCAUUCCGUAUCGUUGAUCGUCAUUGUAACCGUUUUGAUUUCGUCAAGUGGGAGAUGUCGAUAAUCGAAUGGAAAAUGUCGUCAACAGAACGAGAUUGGAUUGAAGAACCCAGAAGUUCAAAAAUAACAGAAUAAACGAGAUUUUGCGUGAUUUAAAGACUAACUAAGCGGACGUUCACUCUCUAAUUACGUGACGAAGACGGAAAGAUACUACUAUCUCGUUUAGCAUAUUAUUAUCCGAACAUUUUCCUGUACUUAACUGAGAAUCAACAUGGCUUCGAGAAACGUUAUUCGCAAGCGAUGGAGGAACCCGAUUGCAGUGUUUGCUGUAGGAAUUUUUGUAGUAGGAUUGUUGUCGUUCACACAGCCUUCCCCUGGUGGUUGUAGUCACAGAAAAACCAAGCUAGACCCUAAAAUAAUGAAGGACACUUAUCGCUUUGGUUACCAUUCAAGAAUGACACUGAGUACAGUCGAAGGUAGUCCAAAUGACACCAAACCACCACCCCAGUUCCCGCCAGACUUCUUCACUGAAACACAAAGAAAACAUGGCGCUGUCAUAUUCCACGUGAUUGGUCUACUCUACAUGUUCGUCGCCCUGGCUAUCGUUUGUGAUGAGUUUUUCAUUCCGGCUCUAGAUGUGAUAACCGAAAAGCUCAAGAUUUCGGAGGAUGUUGCAGGGGCAACGUUUAUGGCCGCGGGAGGCAGUGCUCCAGAGCUCUUCACCAGCGUUAUAGGUGCUUUCAUUUCAUUUGACGAUGUUGGAAUCGGAACAAUCGUCGGGUCUGCAGUAUUCAAUAUCCUCUUUGUCAUCUCGAUGUGCGCCAUCUUCAGCAAAUCCGUCCUACAGCUUACUUGGUGGCCCCUGUUCCGAGACGUCAGCUUCUACUCCGUCAUCCUCAUUAUCCUGAUAAUCUGUUUCCAGGACAACAUCAUAUACUGGUACGAAGCAGUGAUUCUGAUACUCUCCUACGCUUGCUAUGUCACGUUCAUGAAAUUCAACGAACAAAUAGAAAGGUUCGUUAAAAAAGUGAUGAACAGAAACAAAAUGAAGAAAGUUGGUAGUGCAGACCACAUCAUGCAGAAUCGCAUCAAGCGGAGAAUGAGUGCUCCUAUACUACAUGCAGGCUCAAAGUUCCGACAAGGGGUGCUGCAACUAAUGAUCCACUCCAUCGACCCCUUACAUGAAGGCAGGUUAGACGAAAAUGCUUCCCAGCUUCACGCAAUCGCUUCUUUACGAGUUCUUCUCGACGCCACGAAAUCAAACUCCAGCGAACUCCAGAAUGGAGCUGUUGUCGCUCACAUAGCACCACCAACUGGCAAAUACUGCUCCGUUUGUUCAAACUGUGAAACUUCUGCUAAAUGCGUGUGCAAAGAAGUCAAAUCAAUUUCUAACGCAGUUGCUUCUGCACAUGUUCAUAAUAACGUAACCACUCUGGAUAUAAAAACAGCGCCUUCUGACGGAAAUACAGAAAAUGAAGAAUCUCAGAUAAAAGCCGUCCAGAUUAAUAAGAAGAAGGACACCAAAGUGAACUCUCUCACGCCAAUAACAGAUAAUUCCGUCAAUGACCCGGGGCAAACAAAUUCCACAAGCAAAAACGCAGAAGACAAAAACUAUCAUCAGAAAGAAAUGGCUGAAAACGUCGAUACAGCCGAUCCUGGACAUUCACCGUCCGUCGAACCUUCUGCUGCUCCUACGGAUUCACAAAUGACCAUCCCGAAACAAGAAGAACACACUGAUAUUCCGCUUGAUAUGUCCUGGCCCGAUACCUGGCAGAAGAGAUUAAACUAUGUUCUCCUUGCGCCAAUCAUUAUUCCGUUAUGGCUAACGUUACCUGAUGUCCGAAAAGAGGAAAAACGACGGUGGUUCGCAGGCUCUUUUAUUGGUAGUAUCUUAUGGAUAGCCUUUUUCUCGUACCUGAUGGUUUGGUGGGCUUCUCUCACUGGUGAAACAGCUGGAAUACCGAACGAGGUUAUGGGCUUGACUUUCCUGGCUGCAGGAACAAGUAUUCCUGACUUAAUUACAAGCGUACUGGUAGCGCGUAAAGGAUUUGGAGACAUGGCGGUCUCCAGUUCAGUUGGAAGCAACAUAUUUGAUGUAGCUAUUGGUCUUCCACUUCCGUGGUUUCUGGCAACCAUGAUUUUCGGUCCCGUUCAAGUUAGCAGUUCAGGGAUGGCUUGUUCCAUUUUUCUUUUGUUUUGUAUGUUACUCUUCGUUAUCGUAUCCAUUGCCUGCUUCAAGUGGAAGAUGAACACCAGCCUCGCAGGUGUCAUGUUGUUUCUGUAUUUUGUAUUUAUAGCUAUAAGUUUGCUUUUGGAGUAUAACGUUAUCAGUUGCACUGCCAUCUUGAAAUCGAUUACAGGAUAAUUAACACAGCACUGAAAUGAUUUUCAAGUAGGCUUAUUAGACACGCAAAGAAAAGAAGUACUGUAUGUUGUUGUUUUUUUUUUAAAGUAGUUGGUUAAACUGUAAUAUUAUUUCAAUGAUGAUGAGGCUUAGUAUCGAACGCGCAGAAAUCAGAGUUGAACUCUACUGGUAAAAGUUAAUUAAGUUGAACUGAAAAAAUAGAAAGAAAAUAGUUUAAAUUUUAGAUGUUGUGAGUUUCUUAGCAAGACAUGCAAUAACUGUUUAGUUAACAGAUAAAAACAUUUUUCUUCUAACAUGCUUUUUCAUAUAUGCACAGCGUUAACUUUCAAGGUUAACUUUGGUUACAUCAGUAAUACUAUUGUAAUCUAUGACUUACUUUUCUUUGCUUGGUAAGUUUUAAAUUUUUGAUUUGUUUUAGAGCAAAGCCAAACAAUGGGCUAUUUGUGCUAUGUCCACUACCGGGGAGAAAACCCGGAUUUUAGCGCUGUAAGCUUGUUAAGUUACCACUGAUUUACUGGGAGAGAAAUUUUAAGUGUACAAGGAAAUAACACGUUUGUGUACCCAUUUCACGUUAAAAGUUUUAUAACUUUAUUUAAAUAUCGUUUAUUGUGAAGUAAAUAAGUUAAUUAAACAGACACGGACCUAACGCCUCAAAACGAGGCUUACUUUGGUUAGCAUGGUGACGUGAUGUGUGGCGUGCAGCCCAUCAGGGCAGGGACAAGUGUUCUAUUAUGAAUGAUUCAAUUCGACUAUUGCAAGCCUGAAAUACUUUUUUUAGUAACGCACUGCUGAUCUAGAGGUCAGCUGAACGCGGCAACUUGGAGCAUUGCGUGCUUUGACAAACAAGAAAAUGCGGAUGUGAGCCAGAUUACUGACCUGAAGAUGAAUGAAAAUGUAAUUUUCUAUUAUAUUUGGCAUAAGGCAGUAGCAUUAGGCUUAUUGUAUUUUUAAACAUUACCUUCUCCAUGCUGUCUGUUAGAGGUUUCCCGAGAAGGGAAGUGUAUAAUAAGCAGUAUUUCAACAACCGUGGACACGUUCCAUUCGGUACCAGAGAUUGCCAUGCUGGUGGACAUAACUCGCGAACUAGUGGUCAGAACGUUAUUUAUACAAGCCAUUUGUUAGAGCUACAAUUGUUGUAGUGUGCGCUGUCGUAGCACUAUUGUAAUAAAUUAAACUUGUUCUAAUAAGAUGGUAUUAGGCGGACUGUAUUUCUAAACACAACAUUAAAUGAGAUAAAAAAUUCAAGUGGUCCACGAACAAAAAGUUUGAGAUCCACUGUUGUAGGAUUUUGUGUGUGUGUGUGUGAAAUCCAGGUUGCCUGCUGCGGACAUAGCACGCCACUGAGUGACGAAAAACUUUAAUUUAAAAAUUUCUGAAAUAACAUUAAUUAUAUACUUAGAACAGGAGUUAUGGCAAAUAUAAGUCUAAUUAUUAUUUCUUAAUAAAGGACCAUAGCUACUAUGUUCUCUUUCAAAAGAUUUUCGAAUAAAGCUUACUUUGAGUUUGUUUAGAAAAUUGAUUUAAAUAAAUAGAUAUUCUAACGAAUUCGUUUAAAUGUAACACAGAUAAAUAAGUGUGCAUAAUUUCACGUUUACGCACUGUAUUACACCAAAAUAAUUAAUUAAGAACAUAUCACAAAUAGAUGAAGAAUUAUUAGAUAAAGAAAAUGUGAAUGAAUUUGUCACGUUUGAUGUGUGAAAACGUUAGUUUGUGAUAAAUUAGUAAUGUCGUCUGUUGAGAUUCAUUAGAUAUCUAUGUUCUAGUCAAAUGAUGCUAUAAUUAAGUAUCAAAAAUAAGCUUGCGAAAGUAUACAAGGUGAAAGAGCUGUGAUUGAACUGUGAGACACAGACUAUAAACCUGAAAAGGAGUAUUUUAUCAAAGUCCUGAAAAUUAGUAAACUCGGCCUUCCCUCUCCAAACAGUAAUGUUCCAACAAAUGCCAUACAAAGUAUUAUACAUUCACAGCUAUUGGUAUUGUAAAAUUUGUAGCAAUUUAAAGUUCUUAAUAUAUAAUAAUAUAUUAAUACAUAAACUGAUUUUUAAUGGA